AUGACGUCCGAGAAUGUUGGUCCUUCAGUUGCCCGGCCGAUUGAAGUGUCUACGUCAUCAGCGCGCCGCGUGGUUGACUUGAUGACCGAGCCCAGCCACCACGCCGCCAGUUGCCCAGUGCAACCAGUCGCACCUGCGACUAAAAUCUCGUAUGCUUCCACGGUACGGCGGGCCGUCGCCAGGGCCCACGACGGCGAGGUGAAAGCUACACUCACGAGGCCGUCUCGGUAUAUGCUGGCGAAGCUUCUCCAGCUGGCCAACGAUGAUGAAACCUCUGACGCCAUGAUGCUAGAGGCGAUACAGGAAGAUCUGCCAUAUCCGAAACGUGUCGGCACCACAACGUUUUAG